AUGGUGGAGCACACAUGCAUUCGACAAGCCCCUGUAGAGACCGGUUUUCCGCUAGGAUCCAGUAUCCAGUCCAAGACUAAAGGGAUCUGGAUGUGGUGUGUUCCGAAUCCUCACCCUCAGAAACCUGGACAUGUUCUGGUUCUGCUGGACACAGAAGGACUGGGAGACGUGGAGAAGGGAGACUCCAAAAAUGAUGCCUGGAUCUUCUGCCUGUCUGUGCUGCUGAGCAGCGCUCUGGUAUAUAACAGUAUCGGGACCAUCGAUCAGCAGGCGAUCGAGCGGUUACACUACGUAACUGAACUAACAGAGGUGAUAAAGCUGAAGUCCACCGACACCAAAGAUGAGACUGCGGAACACGAGAGGUUCCUUCCAUCAUUUACCUGGUGCGUCCGAGACUUCACCCUAUCGCUGGAGCGAGACGGCAAGGAGAUAACGGAAGAUGAAUAUCUGAUGAUGGGUCUAGAGCUCAAGACCGUGCUCGGUGAUCUUACAUCCUAGUACGUGGACACCAUUCAGAGAGGAGAGAUUCCCUGCAUGGAUAAUGCGGUUCUGGCGGAAAUUGAAAAUGCGGAAUCUUUACAAGACGCACUGUCCAAAUAUCAACAUGAG